UGAAGACAACAAUCCCGAGGAAUUUACAUCGUCAACGCAGCCGAAAACUCUCAGGCAAGCGCAACAUGGCCAAUGCACUCCCGCCGUUCCCGAGUUUUGACCUUCGAGUCACCGACACCAACAACAUCGGACUUGAAUGGACAAAGUGGGUAGAACGAUUCCAAAACUUCCUCGUUGCGUGCAACAUUACGUCGGACACUCGCAAGAAAGCUCUUUUGCUUCACUACGUCGGUGAAGAGGUCUACGACCUAUUCCAAUCUCUGCCAGCCAGCACGUUAGAAAGCACGUCCGAGUACGAAGCGGCAAAAGCAAAACUCGACGCUCACUUCGCACCACGAAUCAACCCAACCUUUGCUGUGUAUCGUUUCAGACAAACAAAACAGAACGUGGGUGAAAGUUUGGACGCGUUUUACGCCCGACUCCGACAGCUCGCCCGACACUGCGGCUUCGCGGACGCCGAUCUUGAAAUCAAGAGCCAGAUCAUCCUCGCUACAACGUCGACCCGUCUGCGGAAAUAUGCCAUGCUGCACGCCAUAGAGCUGCCCGAAAUUCUCAAGCAAGGACGGCUGUUCGAAGAUGUUGAACGUGACGUCUCUGAGAUAGAGAGAAGCGUCGACAGCACUCGGUCGGCAUUUUCGCUGCAACAAGGCGCGAAAAACCGUCUGGAAAACACGGAGAACCACCACAGCUACAAGGGUCGUCGAAACCUGAAGCCACCUUUUCGACAAUCAUGUGACACAGGCAAACGCGACACGCCAACAACUGUCACAACUGCGGCGGCAAGUGGCCUCAUCAAGGUGGGCGAUCAGGUUGCCCUGCAAUGCGACUUGGGAGUGGACUGCCCGCCACCAGAAGGCCUUGACAGUUUGAAACAGGCCAUGUCUGAUGUUUCUACACUGGCCUACUUCGACCCAUCAAGGCCCACAGAACUUGUGGUUGAUGCAAGCCCUCAUGGCCUUGGCAUCGUCUCAGCAUCGCCACGCAGUGCAGAGCCAGAGUGCGAUGACCUGGCACCUUUGCCGGACACAGAAGCUCAGGCACCAGAACCCCUCCACCAACCACACAAGCAUCCCUAUCGUCGCUACCCCACCCGGGACAGGAAGCGUCCUGGCCACUUUGACGACUAUGUGUGA